CCAGGGUUUGGGAGGAAGGGGGCGGGGCGAGGCUGGAGGAGCCGCUGAAUGGAAGCACGCGGGGAACGGGUGGCGAGUUGAUUCUGAGGGCCGGGGCAGAACGGUUCACACCUGGAGACAGCCGGGCGUGGAGGUGAGGUGGGAGGGCGGUGAUUUAAGAUCCCGCCCCCAGCACCGCCGGGCCCUGAGCUGGCCCAGUCCCACGGCCGCCGGUUUCCCCCUCCCAGCGCCUGCGGCCUCACCCUAGCAGAGCGCCAAAUCCGCUCGGUUGGCCCCGCCCCCUGCUAGCGGAGGGCGGGCGUGGGCGUGGCCUGCACCCUCCAAGGUCUGCGCUCGGUAGACGUUCGCGCGUCAGUCGGAGUCUGUCGUGUUGACGCAGCACGUAGACAACGGUCAUGGAGGCCGAAGAGACGAUGGAAUGCCUUCAGGAGUUCCCUGAACAUCAUAAAAUGAUCCUGGACCGAUUGAAUGAACAGCGAGAGCAGGACCGGUUUACUGACAUCACCCUGAUUGUCGAUGGACACCAUUUUAAGGCCCACAAGGCUGUUUUGGCUGCUUGCAGUAAGUUCUUCUACAAAUUCUUUCAGGAGUUUACUCAGGAACCUUUGGUGGAGAUAGAAGGUGUUAGUAAAAUGGCCUUUCGUCAUUUAAUUGAGUUCACAUAUACAGCAAAAUUAAUGAUACAAGGCGAAGAAGAAGCCAAUGAUGUAUGGAAAGCAGCAGAGUUUCUACAAAUGUUAGAAGCUAUCAAAGCCCUUGAAGUCAGGAACAAAGAAAACUCAGCUCCACUAGAGGAAAAUGCUACAGGAAAAAGUGAGGCCAAAAAAAGGAAGAUUGCAGAGACUUCAAAUGUUAUCACUGAGUCAUUGCCAUCUGCAGAAUCAGAACCUGUUGAAAUUGAGGUAGAAAUUGCUGAAGGCACAAUUGAAGUGGAAGAUGAAGGCAUCGAAACGUUAGAGGAAGUGGCUUCUGCCAAGCAGUCCAUAAAGUACAUUCAGAGUACAGGUUCCUCUGAUGAUUCCGCCCUGGCAUUGUUGGCGGAUAUUACCAGCAAGUACCGGCAAGGGGAUAGGAAAGGGCAGAUUAAAGAAGAUGGCUGUGCAUCUGACCCCACAAGCAAACAGGAACACAUGAAAUCACACUCCACUGAGAGUUUCAAAUGUGAAAUAUGCAAUAAAAGGUAUCUUCGGGAGAGCGCAUGGAAACAGCACCUCAAUUGUUACCACCUUGAAGAAGGUGGAGUCAGUAAGAAGCAAAGAACUGGGAAAAAAAUUCACAUAUGUCAGUACUGUGAGAAACAAUUUGACCACUUUGGACAUUUUAAAGAGCAUCUUCGAAAGCAUACAGGUAAUUAGCAAAUAAUUUAUGUUAAAAGUAUGUUUUUCCACAUUCACUUCAGUCUUGCGUCUAAAUUACUUUUUUUUUAGUAACACAGAAGCCCUCUCCUGUAUUUUCUAAUAUGCAGGCUGAGUUCACAUUGUCUCUAUAAUACUUGUUUGUUGAAAUAGUGAUGCUUUAAAAGCAAAAUCAGUAUCAACUUUGAAAUU